UUUACAUUACCUUAGCAUGCUCCUGGCAACAGUGGUGCUGUUUGAUGCACCGAUGUUCACCAUAAAAUUUCUCUCUUUGAUGCACCAAUGCACAAAGAACCCAACAUUAUUUUCCUUCAAAGUUCGAUUCUUUGGGUGUUUCACUUCCCAAAAGUUGGCACCCAAAAGAGCUAACAGAGAGUUUGCUGGGGCACUCAGAGUCCUUAACCUUGUAACCCCAAAAAAGAGUCUCAUUGAUGUUGAAAAUCGUCGCAGUCAUCUUCAGCUUAUCGAGGGCAUGCUGCAAAACGAUGCCACAAAAACCAUUGUUGUUGAUGAUUCUAGUUUGAGGGCCACAAAAUCUGAAAGGAAGGUUCGUUCCACUGUUAUUAUGGAACAAGAUUUGGAGAUUGACGUGUGCUUCUUGUCACGUGCUGUGAGCUCGUGUGGCUCCCACCGUGACCUUUUUGGAGGUGUUCAAUAUCAUUGCUUGGCAAUUACAACUGGGUUCAUUGCCAAUGUCUAUGUUGGAAGCUCUUUGAUUAGUUUGUAUGGUAGGUGUGCAUUGUUGGGUGAUGCAUACCGGGUGUUCGAUGAAAUGCCUGAGAGAAAUGUAGUUUCAUGGUCAACAAUUAUCUCUGCAUUUGCACAAGAAUGGAGGGUUGAUAUGUGUUUGGAGCUCUUUUGUCAGAUGAGGGGCUUGGCUGCGUUGAAGCCGAAUUGCUUUACAUUCACUAGUCUUCUUAGUGCUUGUAUGGGAAGUGGAGCACUUGGACAUGGAAAGGGUGCUCAUUGUCAAAUAAUUCACAUGGGUUUUCAUUAUUACCUCCACAUUGAAAAUGCUCUCAUUGCCAUGUAUUCUAAGUGUGGGGCGCUUGACGAUGCCUUGUUCAUAUUUGAAAAUAUGAAGCAAAGGGAUGUUGUCACUUGGAACUCCAUGAUCGCAGCGUAUGCGCAACACGGGCUGGCGCAAGAGGCAAUUUCUCUUUUUGAAGAGAUGAUGAAUCAAGGUGUUAAUCCAGAUGUGGUUACUUACCUUGGCAUAUUGUCCUCGUGUCGGCACGGAGGUCUUGUUAAAGAGGGUCAAGAUUACUUGAAUAACAUGAUUGAACAGGGCGUGCAGCCAGAACUGGAUCAUUACUCUUGCAUUGUGGAUCUUCUUGGUCGGGCUGGCUUGCUUCUGGAGGCUCGUGAUUUCAUCCGAAACAUGCCUGUUUGUCCCAAUGCUGUGAUAUGGGGUUCACUGCUUUCAUCUUCUAGGCUUCAUGGAGAUGUUUGGAUUGGCAUCGAGGCGGCAGAGAGUAGGUUGUUACUUGAACCAAGGUGCACUGCAACACUUCAACAGCUGGCGAAUCUGUAUGCUAGUGUAGGUUGGUGGAAUCAGGUAGCACAAGUGCGAAAGUCAUUGAAGGACAAAGGUCUGAAACCAAAUCCUGGUUGUAGUUGGAUUGAAAUCAAAAGCAGAGUUCAUAGAUUUGAAGCACAAGAUAAGUCAAACAACAAAAUGACUGACAUUCUUUUGAUCAUGGGUAAUUUGGUUGAGCACAUGAGUAGUUUAGGUCUUCAGUCUCAGAUCUCUGGUGAGGAAAAUGUGUGGUCUUCAUAAUGCUAAGGGGAUCUCCAUUAUUGGGCAGUUCACAUUUAUGCAGUACAAGCAAAAUGGACUGUGUAAAGCUACCUUCAUGUAAAGAAGAUGUUGUACAAGACUUUGGCCCUUCAUUCAAAGGAGAUUCUGUUUGCCAAACCAGUGCAGCUUUGGUAAAGUCUGGUUCAAUUCCUUGAGAGUUGAGACAUGUGAACAAGAUUGAUCCCUGUAAGCACCCACAAAAUGCUUUUAAGUUUUAAAGAAGUUUUUGUGGCAGGUUUAUUGAAUGCUGCAGGAUCAACCAUGACAUGAGAUGCUACUGGUGUUCUGAAUAUAGAAAAUAGAGAAAGGUUAUACAGAUAUAUUUGACAAGAAAGGAGAAAAGAAAGGUCACUUGAAAGAGUUAUAGACAAUAUUAGAUAGAAACAAGGAUAUGUCACAGACCUGUACUAGUUUACUGAAUAAUUUUUUUCCCUCUUUAAUCCUAGGCCAAUAAUCUGAGAUUAAAUUCUGUAUUUACAAUAAUAUGUAAGGUAUUCUUUUGUCCCUUGGGCUUGGUUGGGUCACUCUCAAAAUUGGCCUAAGCUGAGAAGUGAGAAUCCAUCAAACAAGUAGUUGAUUUUAUUCUGCAUAGUAUCAGUAGUUGGCAGAUUUAGUUGUAGUAAGACUAUUGGUGAUUGCAUCAGUUUCUGUCAACUUCAUAAAUGAAAAAGAAAAAUGUGUUAGCCAUCUUAA